AUGUCAAACGCAGAGCAAGCACGUACUUUAUUUGGAAUUUCUCUCUCUCAUAGACCCAAAUGGCAACAGUUCUUCAUUUGCUCUUCAGGCUUCUUCUUUGGAUAUCUCGUUAAUGGCAUAUGUGAGGAAUAUGUCUAUAACAGGCUUCAUUUUAGCUAUGGCUGGUACUUCACAUUUGUUCAAGGAUUUGUUUACUUGUUUCUGAUUUAUCUCCAAGGCUUCACAAGCAAGCAAAUGGUGAACCCAUGGAGAACUUAUGUGAAGCUUUCUGCUGUGCUUAUGGGGUCCCAUGGCCUAACAAAGGGAUCUUUGGCUUUUCUGAACUACCCUGCACAAAUCAUGUUCAAAUCAACAAAGGCAAGUGACAAAAAGGCACAAGGGAAAAAAAUGAUGGUGAUGGGUUCCUUCAUACCAGGUCUAAGAAGGAAAUAUCCAUUUCAUGAAUAUGUAUCUGCUGUUCUUCUGGUGAUUGGCUUGAUCCUGUUCACACUAGCAGAUGCACAGACAUCACCCAAUUUCAGUGUCAUUGGUGUUGUUAUGAUAUCUGGUGCUUUGAUCAUGGACUCCUUUUUGGGAAAUAUGCAAGAAGCAAUCUUUACAGUGAACCCUCAGACCACACAGAUGGAGAUGCUUUUCUGCUCAACUGUGGUGGGUUUGCCUUUCUUAAUCCCUCCCAUGAUUUUUACAGGAGAGUUAUUCAAAGCAUGGACUUCAUGUUCACAGCAUCUUUAUGUGUAUGGAGUGUUAGUGUUUGAAGCAAUGGCCACAUUCAUAGGCCAAGUUUCUGUGCUGUCACUCAUUGCCAUUUUUGGGGCUGCCACUACAGCCAUGAUAACAACUGCAAGAAAGGCAGUGACAUUGCUACUAUCAUUCCUCAUAUUUACCAAACCACUGACAGAACAACAUGCAACUGGACUUCUACUCAUAGCUAUGGGGAUUUCGUUGAAGAUAUUUCUUGAUGACAAAUCUAACAAAAAGAGCACAAAUUCUUCUCCCAUUGUCAAUAUUCCAAAACCUCCUGAGGAUAAACAACUUACUGCACAAUUAGAUUAUGCAGGAGAAGAUGAAGAAAGGAGGUCAUUGGUCUAA